AUGUGCUUCCAUAAUCAGGUCUUUAUUCGCGUUCCCGAGGUGGUUGUCCGACCCGAACAUCCUGUCCAUUACAAGCUUCCCUUCGACAAGGAUUGGGAGCUCCCUAGGAGCUGCCUUCGCAUUGGAGAGAAAUUGGGAGAAGGUGCCUUUGGUGUCGUUUAUCUCGGAGUCAUCAUCAAGCCUCGUAAAACACCACAGACUCCUGUGUUUCUCAACAAGCCCUAUCGCCAGCUUCGCGAGCGCCUCCAACGGCCUACCAUUAAAUUUGAAGAGGAACAGAAAUGCGACAUCAGCUUCUUUCAGCCUAAUCAGAAGGCCAAGCUGAGCAAAUACGUUCCACUUGGUGAUGGUCGAGCUUCUUUUGAUUUGGAUGAUAAUAUUCUUCAAUAG